AUGUCCCAUCUCACUCAAAUUUUAGAACAAUUCAACUUCCGUGAAUACGAUUAUGAUGCCCACAAGGAUGAACCCAUCGAAUGGAGACUUGUGGUCAAGGAAGGAAGACAACGUUGGAUUCCCUUCCCACAAUCCAUUCUCAAACAAUUCAAUGCUCCACAAUCAUUGAUUGAUAUACAUUUAUUGAACAAACCAUCCAAUUUUGAAUUACCCAAUACCUAUGUGAAUGACAUUCCAUUGAAUUUGGAUGUGAGUCAUAGUGGUAGUACCAAUAGUAAUAGUAAUAAUAAUAAUAGUAGUAGUAGUAGUAGCAACAGUAAUAGCAGUGACGACGACAGUACUGUGAAUAAUGACACUACCUCUCCACUGGACUAUGUCUUUAACAAGACCAACAAUUAUCAAAGCAAUCUCAGUGAAUCCAUGGUCAAUGAAAGACUCUUGAAAGCCAUUGAUUUUUAUGGAAGUGUUCAAACCGAUGAUGGACACUGGGCAGGUGAUUAUGGUGGACCCAUGUUUCUUCUACCAGGUAUUGUGAUUGUCAUGUACAUUUGUGGAGAGAAAUUACCACGUCCAUUUCGAUAUGAAAUGAUUCGAUACAUUCAAAGUAAGCAAAACAAGGAUGGUGGUUAUGGACUCCAUAUUGAGGGUCAUUCGACCAUAUUUGGAACUGUGCUCAAUUAUGUCGCUUUGAGAUUAUUGGGAGUCUCGAGUAGUCACCAAUUCAUGAAACAAACUUUGGAAUUUCUUUCAAAGGAACCAGCCAAUGGUACUUUGGGAUGUCCUCAAUGGGCUAAACUCUAUCUUUGUGUAUUAGGUCUCAUGCAUUGGGAUUGUAUUGAUCCAAUUCCACCUGAAUUGUGGUUACUUCCAGAUUGGUUUCCAUACAUUCAACCUGGUAAAUGGUGGUGUCAUUGUCGUGUCGUGUAUUUACCAAUGGCUUAUUUGUAUGGUCUUGGAAAAGUAUAUGAUAGGGCAGAAAGUGAUACUUUGAUUCAAGAAUUGAGAAAUGAACUCUACAUGAAUGUGAGUGGUAUUGAAUAUUCCAAACAACCAUGGUCUAAAUUUAGAUCCUAUGUCAAUCCACGUGAUAACUAUCAUCCAUUUACUCAACUCUAUGCAUCCAUGAUUCAUGUGUUUGUAGCCUAUGAAAAGUAUUUCAAAAUUGGAUAUUUUAGAAAGAGAGCACUUGACACGUGUAUUGACCAUAUCAAGUAUGAAGAUUCAGUGACUAACCAUAUUUGUAUUGGUCCUGUUAAUAAGGUAUUGAAUAUGUUGAGUGUCUAUUUCCACGAAGGAUCACAAACAGAGCAUUUUCAGGCUCAUUUAGAUCGAGUCUAUGAUUAUUUAUGGUUAUCUGAUGAUGGUAUGAAAUAUCAAGGCUAUAAUGGAUCUCAAUUGUGGGAUACUGCAUUUGCCACACAAGCCAUUGCUGAAUAUUACAAGAGAUUUAAAACAAGCAAUGGAUCCAUUAAUAUUCAACCCUUAUUGGAUCGACCUUCUCAUUUACAAACACUUUUGAAGGCUUAUAAUUUUAUUAAUUUUACUCAAGUCAAGGAAGAUGUUCCAAAUCGAAUGGCUUAUUAUCGACAACAAUCGAAGGGUGGAUGGCCAUUCAGUACCAAAGAUCACGGUUGGCCCAUUUCAGAUUGUACUGCAGAAGGCAUCAAGUCUGUUUUGAGUAUUCAUGACUUGUUUGGAUUGAAAGAAGAAGAUUCUAACCACCAACGACGUCCUUGUCUCGUCGUAGAUUUAUUGACGCCCAUUUCCUCAAAAUGGACUCAAAAUCCAUUGAGUGGAUUGAUUCAUGGAGGUGGUGAUGAAGGUGGUGAGAAGGAGGAUGAACAAUAUCUUCUUCUCGAUGAAGAACGUCUCACCUAUGCUGUUCGUGUCAUUUUGAGCAUGUUCAAUGAAGGUACAAAUGGUGGAUGGGCCACUUAUGAACUCUCUCGUACACAUUCAUGGAUUGAAAUUAUUAACCCAGCAGCCUUGUAUGGUGAAAUUAUGAUUGAUUAUCCUCAUACUGAAUGCACCAGUGCAUGCAUCACUGCACUCUUACAAUUUAAAAAGUUUUAUCCAAACUCGCCCUACAUUCCUCUCAUUGAUGAUAGUAUCAAACAUGCCAUUUCUGUCAUUGAAUCUAAACAAACACCUGAAGGUGGAUGGUAUGGUGGAUGGGCAGUGUGUUUCUGUUAUGGAACAUGGUUUGCAAUUACUGCUUUGAAUGCUAUCGAUCCAGUGAAUAAUGUCUAUUCAAAGAAUGAAAUUGUGAGAAAGGGACUUGAUUUUAUUGUUUCUAAACAACAAGAACAAGAUGGAGGAUGGGGUGAAUCGUACUUGUCUUGUGUCACUCACAAAUAUUCUCAAUCGGAAACAUCACGAGUCAUCAAUACGGCUUGGGCCUUAUUGAGUUUGAUGACUGGUGAUUAUCCUAAUUUGAAGGUGAUUGAAAUGGGUAUUUACUUUUUAUUAAGAAAACAAUUACCGAAUGGAGAUUUUCCUCAAGAGAGUAUUAGUGGAGUCUUUAAUCAUAAUUGUAUGAUUACUUAUACCAAUUAUCGAAACAUUUUCCCAAUAUGGGCUUUGAGUAUGUAUAUGAGAAAAUAUCAUCCAGUAGUAGUGAAAGAGCAGUAA